AACUCCCGGACACCCCGCCUUUCUGCCCCCGGUAACCAAGCUUCCGUUCCCGGAUUGAGUGAUUAAACACUCCGCCUCGCUGUCCCCGUGGAUUUAGAUGAAGUUUUAAUGAUUUUUGAAGGAAGUUGGGAAACAAGAACUGAUGUGAACCCGGAUACAGUCAGAUCUGAGACUCGUUCGUGCCACGUCCAUGAAGCGGACGGCUCCAACAGCUGCCUGAACAUCUGUGAUCCACCGACAACAAAGAGUGACUCGUCAGCGCAACAGUUAGACUGAGUCACGCAGUUUCAACGCAUUUAACAGGGUGGGGGGUUCGUAACUUCUGUCUGUGUCUGAAGCGUGUCCCGCACCUCGCUGACCACCGGCAGACACACUCUAGCUCACCCACCGGGACAUCUGUCUCCGUGUCUGCCGAGCCCCGAGGCUGGAGCUGUGAGGAGCGGAGCCGCCGCCGGGGUUUCUCCGGCCUGUCAGGUGAAAGGCGUGGCCCUGGGCGGGUGGUGAGCUUUGUUCAAGCUACACCUGAGUGAGAGAUUCAGUUACCUGAACGGUCCGGGUUGAGCUGAUAGGUCUGUUGGAGCGCUGAUAGCUGCGGUUAGCUUCUGAAAAUCCUACUAAAUGGAUGAAUUUACCUUCCAAACCCAGGUCACUCAGGUUCUGUGACCGUAAUGACUUGUUGCACAUAUUUGAGACUUGACCCCUCGGACCGACGGGUGGUAACUGGGUCAGACUGGUUUUAGUUAUUAACUGUUUAUUCAAACUGGGAGGUCAUGGCGCUGUCUCAGAUCCAGUGUCUGGACGACCACCACGUCAACUGGCGCAUUAGCGAGAGCAAGCCGGAGUUUUUCUACAGCGAGGACCAACGGCUGGCCCUCGAAGUUCUCAUCACCAAGGGCCACGAUGCGUUCACGGACUACGUCCAGAAGCACGGAGUCCGGGAGUUCCUCUCGGAACGAGAGCUGGAGCGAGUCACGCGCACCACGGAAGCGUACCGACCCGGGUACGAGCACCACCAGAGGCUGGAGACGUCAGGCCCGGGGAACUUGACUCCGGGGCCCGUGGAAGAAGCAGAAGACGAGGUUUCGCUCGCUUAUUGGCCGGACCGGUCCGAGGCCUCGGUGGCGAAUCUGGACCUCGGAUGGCCUGAAGCCAGCUCAUACCGAGGGGUCACGCGCGUGACCGUAUAUACGCAUCCUCCCACUGAGGGUCACACGCACAUCAAAGAGGUGGUUCGCAAGAGCAUUGCAUCAGCCCAGAAGGUGAUAGCUGUGGUGAUGGACGUGUUUACAGAUGUGGAUAUCUUUCGAGACCUUCUGGACGCAUCCUAUAAACGCAAAAUCCCUGUGUACAUAAUCCUGGACUUAGCUGCAGUGCCCUGCUUUCUUUCCAUGUGUGCCAGAGCUGAUAUGCACCAGGGGCACCUAAAGAAUCUGCGAGUUCGCUGCUGUGGAGGCUUGGAAUUCUUCGCACGAUCGGCGCAGAAGGUGCGUGGAUCCUUGAACGAGAAGUUUCUCCUUGUAGAUGGAGAUAGAGCGAUCUCUGGCUCAUACAGUUUCACUUGGUCCUCAUCCCGUCUGGACCGGAACCUCGUCACCGUCAUCACCGGGCAGGUAGUGGAGACCUUUGACACGCAGUUUCGGGAACUCUACCUCAUGUCCAGAGGAGUGUCCCUCAACAAGGUUCCCUUGGCGGACGAGCCGAUCCCUGACCCACUUCCUCAGGCGGUGCCGGCACCUGUCCCGGCGUCUGUGGCGAGGAAGCUCAUCAAUCCCAAAUACGCGCUUGUCACAACGGGAACUCACAGUCCCACCUCCUCUGACCAGAACUCCAGUAAAAAGGAGUCAAAUACCCAGAAUCCUACCGGGCUGAAAGUGAUGAAAGGGCGUCUUAAGGAGGUUGUCGAAGAGGCGCCCUUACAUCCAGGGUUAGUCCAUCUGGAGAAAGCCAACCUAAUCCCGUAUCUGCCCACCUGGCCGGAGCCAGACCCCCCGAGUGAUGUGAUCGGCUUCAUCAAUAUCAGAGAUGAAAAGAGGGCCCAUCAGGUUCACUUACAGAGGUCGGAAAGGUUCGAGGUUAGUCAGGCUAUACGUUUCAGCGCACCACUGACUCAACCAGUGCCGGCUGAGGAAUCCACCGCAAAUCAGAAUAAAAAAGAGUCACAAACGGGAAAAAAUAUAUCUGGGAAUAUAAGUCCUGAAGAUUCGACUCCUGUAGUUCCAGCAGAAAACAAGCUUGCAUUAGAAACUGCUCCAGAUGAGGACCAAAAUGAUUCCACGGCUUCCCAUCAGCAGCCCAUCAUAUCUCCACUACACAAACCACAACCACAGACGUCUACAACACAACCCAAAGCUGCUGCCGAUUCACAGCCUCUGGACAAUGCUGGAAAAACUCCAGAAACACCAGCUGCAGCGCCUCCUGUUCCCAAACGCCGCACGCUACAGAUAGUCAUAGACCCCGUCUCGUCAGAGCAGCCCAGUGAGGCGCAAGUCACCCUGAUAAAAAUGGACCAGGUGGAUAAUCUACAGAAGGAGCACUCUCAGAAGGAGCUGGCACCGAACCGUUGCCGGUUAACGUCAAAGAACGAUGGCGGAGACUCUGGCAGCAACGAAGAGGGGAGCCAAGACAGCACUAAGGUCAUAUGCGACCGAGCAGUCAACGAAGACCCCUCAAGUGCAUCCACAGCAUCAGAGGAGGAGUUCUAUAACUGUCCUCAACAGGAGGCCAGCAACCCACUGAUCAACGGGGGGUACACCGGAUCAGGUAGAGGGCCUUCCCAUGGAGACGGACUUAACGUGAUGGCCCGCUUCUCUCAAAGCAUGCUGGAUCUGCGGGAUCCCGGCCAGUCAGAGGGCGUUGCUUCCCACAUUUGUCAAUCCCAGCAACUCCGCAGACUGGUACAUGCUUCCCCACACCGGCACAUAGGACAGCUGUUUCAGACCUCAAGAUCUCCAGCACGUGAUGCAAGACCGAGGGGCCCCAAAGUAAUAAUUGCCAAACCAGGAAGUUUUCACCGCCCUUCUCGAAACACUGGUCUCGUGAUCGGCGGACACCGUUACUGGCAGGGGCAGUUGGUACCGCCCGACUCAGCCCAGCUGCGCGUAGAGGGCCGCUCCGGGCGAUCGCCCCGAAGACACAGCCCCAGCUACAGGAAGACAUCACCGCAGCCAACAGCUGACCAGAUGGGGUUGUUCGGAGUAUCUCUGUCAAAACUCAGCAGCUUUAAAAAUUUGAAAGGGCGAGCUGGAACCUCUCAGAGGAAAGCGUCUCAGACUAAUAAAGCUACCAGGUAGAACUGUGGGUCAGAACAGGUACAUAAGGAUGUUUGCUGAAAAAACUCCCUGCUUAGAAACUGGAAACCUUUCAGUUUGGACUCUUUUCUGUCCCUUCACUGAUUUAAAACCUACCAUGCAACAUACCUGCAAAGACUACUUAUGAUAAGGAGAUGGCAUGUCUGUGAGGAUGGACCUCUGAUAGGGAUAAAUGAGUUGAUAUUUGUGUUUACAGACAUGCAAAUGUGUCACAGACACUCUGUUUUGUUGACCAAAAAGGUCAACCGUUUCCUCCAUGUGGUACUGUGGUCAAAUCUGAUAUACUUCUCUGCCAAUCCAGGCACUUCACUCCCCCCAACAGCAUGUUGAUCCUAGACUUACCUCAAAUGCUUUUGUUUUUCCUUACAUGGCAAUAUUUUUUCAUGACCAAAAUACACAGAUUAAAUGUGUCUGUGUUUUGUAAGAUUGUAUCUACUUAUAGAAACAAAUCAGGCUUUAGUACUGAUAGCACUGUGAUUGGUUACACCUCUUCAGAGGACAGUGCUACCAUGUUGAUUACUUCCACAUAUUUGACAAAGGUUGUUGAUAACCUGUUCAAAUGUAGACAUGUGCAAUGUCAAGUAUUGUCAUGGGACCAAAGCUGAAUGUUUUAAAUAAAAAGACAGACUGUU